ACCCGCAAUGCCUCACUUGUCUCAGUCUGUUUAUGAAUGAAAAAACAUGGUGGUCUAGUUUUUAAUCAAAUUUGCAAAAACAUUAUUAGAUUUUCCUUUGAAGGUUUAUUUGUGAUCGAUAGUAAUUAUGCCACUAGCAAACCCGUCAGAUCCAUGGCGAAUGCAGAAUGUUGGAGACAACAGGGGUAUAUCUCAGGCAGCCAACAGUCUUCCAAUGGUGGUGGAGAACUCUGCAGAGUCGCGUCAGGCGUCUACAGCAGAAAGCCUGGAUUCCGCCGCCGAGAUCAGCUGCGAGAGGGAGGUUGAACUACAGGAUGUUGUCAAAGAGGGGCACGAGAAAGCAGACCCGUCUCAAUUUGAAUUGCUCAAAGUUCUCGGAGAAGGUUCCUUUGGAAAAGUUUUCCUAGUACGGAAAGUAGCUGGUGCUGAUGCAGGCACACUAUAUGCAAUGAAGGUACUUAAAAAGGCUACCCUAAAAGUGAGAGAUAGAGAACGUACAAAAAUGGAGAGAAAUAUAUUAGUAGACAUGGGCCAUCCAUUUAUUGUAAAAUUACACUAUGCAUUUCAAACUGCUGGAAAACUUUAUUUAAUAUUAGAUUUUUUACGUGGCGGUGACUUGUUCUCAAGACUUAGUAAAGAGGUAAUGUUCACAGAGGAGGAUGUUAAAUUUUACUUAGCGGAGUUAGCUUUAGCGUUAGAACAUGUGCACAAAUUGGGCAUUAUAUACAGGGAUCUUAAGCCAGAGAAUAUUUUGUUAGAUGCAGACGGUCACAUUGCACUUACUGACUUUGGCUUAUCUAAACUUCCACCAAGUAGUGAUAAAGCAUACAGCUUCUGUGGUACAGUUGAGUACAUGGCUCCGGAAGUUGUCAAUAGAAGAGGUCAUACAUUUGCUGCGGAUUGGUGGUCUUUCGGAGUACUUAUGUUUGAAAUGUUAACUGGAAAUUUACCAUUCCACGGUUCUACGAGGCACGAGACAAUGACGCAAAUAUUAAAAGCGAAGCUUGGCAUGCCAUCCAACUUGAGUGAGGAAGCACAAUCUUUACUUCGAGCCUUGUUCAAACGGACACCACAGAAUAGGCUGGGAGCGGGCCCAAAUGGUAUAGAGGAUGUGAAGAACCACGAGUUCUUUGCAAGUAUAGACUGGGAUGCUCUGUUGAAGAAAGAGGUAAUCCCACCGUUCAGACCGGCCGUGUCGCGGGCCGACGACGCCUUCUACUUCGACUCGGAGUUCACUUGUCGCACGCCGAGAGACUCGCCCGGGGUGCCGGCCUCCGCCAACGCCCACGAGCUGUUCAGGGGUUUCAGCUUCGUAGCCCCGUGUCUACUCGACGAUGACAAUAAUAAAACCGUGACGAAUACAACGCAGAACAACGUCGUGCAAAACAAUAAGACUUCCACUGAGGAGUUUUUGGCGGGCUUCGUUAAUAGGAAUAAUUUCUUUGAUGAAUACCGGUUAAUGGGUGAAUUAGGCACUGGGUCGUUUUCAGUAGUCCGCCUUUGUGAACACAAGGCGUCAAGAGUGCAAUAUGCUGUUAAAAUUAUGGACAAGAUGCAAUAUGACCCACGUGAAGAAAUUGAAAUUUUGUUAAGAUACAGCCAACACCCGCACAUCAUAACCCUCCGCGGCGUCUACGAGGAAGGCGCCCGAAUCCUCGCCGUAACCGAACUAUGCCGGGGCGGAGAACUGCUCGAGCAUAUCACACAGCGGCGUUACCUGCCCGAGCACGAGUGCGCGCCCAUCCUGCGCAACGUGCUGCACGCGGUGCACUACCUGCACAGGCACACCGUGGUGCACAGGUCGGUCACAGUACUACAACACCGAACUAUGCCGGGGCGGAGAACUGCUCGAGCACAUCACACAGCGGCGCUACCUGCCCGAGCACGAGUGCGCGCCCAUCCUGCGCAACGUGCUGCACGCGGUGCACUGCCUGCACAGGCACACCGUGGCGCACAGGUCGGUCACAGUACUACAACACCGAACUAUGCCGGGGCGGAGAACUGCUCGAGCAUAUCACACAGCGGCGCUACCUGCCCGAGCACAAGUGCGCGCCCAUCCUGCGCAACGUGCUGCACGCGGUGCACUACCUGCACAGGCACACCGUGGUGCACAGGUCGGUCACAGUACUACAACACCGAACUAUGCCGGGGCGGAGAACUGCUCGAGCACAUCACACAGCGGCGCUACCUGCCCGAGCACGAGUGCGCGCCCAUCCUGCGCAACGUGCUGCACGCGGUGCACUACCUGCACAGGCACACCGUGGUGCACAGAGACAUAAAGCCAUCGAACAUCCUAUUCGCGACGGCUGAAAGAAGGCCCGAGGACAUCCGUCUGGUCGAUUUCGGGCUAGCGAAGCAGCUGCGCGCAGAGAACGGGUUGCUCAUGACCCCCUGCUAUACGGCCAAUUUCGUUGCCCCUGAGGUCUUAAAACGAGCUGGUUACGAUGCUGCCUGCGAUAUCUGGAGUUUAGGUGUGCUGGCAUACAUCAUGUUAUCUGGCAGAACGCCGUUUGCUUCGACCGGGGAUGACAGCCCUGAAGCUAUUCUUACAAGAAUUGAGUCUGGAAAGGUUGAGCUGUCAUCCGGCGUAUGGCGCUCCGUGUCGAGCGAAGCGAAGGCGUGCGUGCGGCGCAUGCUGCAGCUGGAGCCGGCGCACCGGCCGCGCGCACACGAGCUGCUGCGAGAGUCCUGGCUCUGCAGCUCCCGGCCACCUACUGAGGCGCCGCCCCAGCCGGACCUGGAAGAUCCCGUGCCCCCUGAAGAGCUGCGCCGGGCCGUUGACCUAACCUUCCAGGCGAUGACCUCGUCGCCGAUGACGCCGCAGGUGCUGGGCCCGGUGUCGCAAUCCACCCUCGCGCAACGCCGCAGCAAGCCGCAGAGACGCUUCCCGCCUACACAGCUUUAAAUACGGUAUACGAACUAAUUUUAAACAACUCUUUACCACAAAAAAGAUCACGAGGAUAAAUUAAUUAUGUAUCAAGCAGAAACGACUGCGACUAUUAAGCUUAGAAUACAUUUAAAAGUGGAAAGUUUACUGUCUUGGGUGAGACUCAAACUCACGACCACUGGAUCACUAGCCCAGUUGCCAUCUGAGCUAUCAAGACCUCAUCCAUGGACAUCAAAUAUUUGCACCAUAUGGGCCUUUAGGGAGGCACCCUGACUUACAAUACAAAUACAAAACAAAUCCUCUUUAUUGUACAGUCACCUGCAAUAAUAUGUUACGCAACGAAGGCCGCAAAAAUAUCUGACACGAUCUUAUUUGAAGGGUCAUAAGAGCGUGUCACAUAUUUUUGCGGCCUUCGAAGCGUAUCAUAUUAUUGCAGGUGACUGUACAACCUCAAUAAAACAUUUACAGAGAGACAUACAUAAUACAUGACGACAGAGGCAACAAAAGGCGUCUUACCGCUAAAGAGCGAUCUCUUCCAGACAACCUUUAGGUACUGGAGAAAUUAUAAUAUUAAUUAAACUAUUUAGGAGACUUACUGUAUUGGGUGAGUUCAAGUCUCACCCGAAACAGUAUUUUUUUCUACUUUUAAAUGUAUUGUAAGCUUGAGAUCUCGAGGCGUUCCCUAAACUGCAUAACAUACCGAAAUACGUAUUAGAUCUAUUUUCGUCCCUACCAUCGAUGGGUCAAGAGAGAAGAAGCGAGCGAGAUUGUUUCCCCGUUCGUUUCGAAUGUUAUAUGUUGUAUUUUCGAUGUUCCUGGAUAUGAGUCAUGUGAAUGUGAACGUAUGUAAGUAGCUUUAUUUAAACGGGAAGAAAUAAUCGUAAUGUGAAGAUUAAUGUCAAUAUUAAUCGCCUGAAGAUUCCUGCAUAAUAUGAGGCGUAAUUUUUAUUUGGUGGAAGAAAUAUUGUGAUUUAAUUAUUAGUGAAUUGAAAGGUAGAUUGCAUUUUCUUGUAAGACACAUUGCAGCAUUCCAUCCGUUUCCGUUUUAGUCCUUAGCAGUGUUAUUAGUAAAUGUGAAAGUAGUCUUCCUUCAAAAUAUUUGGAAUUAGUAUGUAAUUAUUUUAACUUUAUUUUUUAGUCAUUUUACUUGCCCACCCAACGACAUAACUUGUCCCUUUGUGCCAUUAUAUCUAUAUGCUACGAUCGAUUGAUAAAUUAAAUACUUACAAAUUUAGUAUUAGACCUAUCAUAUAUUUUUAUGUUCUACAAAGUACCUAAAGUACAUACAAAGUUUAUUACUGGAAUAGCUUUAUUUUUGUAAAGUAUUACUCUUCUCGACGCAUUCGCGGUACUUCGUCCCUUCCUUUUAUUUUAUCUUUACUCUAAUGAGAUGUUGUUUAUAUUUUUGUAAGAUUAUGAGUAUUCAGUAGCUUUAAGACAUUUAGAUAAUUAGGAUUAAGUAUAUCGAAAUACUUAAAAAGGGCUUUUAUUAACAUAGUUUAACUUUAGUAUAGCGUUCGUGUGUACAACACAUCACACGUCAAUCUAAUUCAUCUCAUCAUAUCAUCUCUUUGUUAUCAUCAAUUCACUCAUAUCAAGGCCUAACUUGCUCACAAACGCAUAAUUAAUGCGAAAUUCUUCCAAAUUCUUUAAUCUCAAAUAUUUAUUUUAUGUUACAUAUUUUGAGUAUCAUUUUAGAUUAGAUUAUAAGAUAACCAUAUUUUUGUAUUGAGAUAUAUUUUUCUUAUAACAAAUUCCAUUUAUCGGUGUAGGUAUAGGGUGACUGCUAUAUCAUAUUGGGCACUCCUAGCAAAUCAGAAAGAUUGGGACUCAAUCAGAGAGUGGCUAAUCACUAUGUAGUGGCUAAUAAUUAUAGGCCCGUGCAUGAACUAUAGGGGGCAGCAUAGGAGCCGUCAGAUUUUUGGCGCGAGGCGUAAAUGUGUGGUUUAUGCUUCCGAUGUAGCCCACACGAUGGCAGAACCUACUAUGCACAAGGAAACGUACCGACGAGAACGGUAGAUGGUAGCACUUGCUUUGGCAAUGUACAUGUGCACAUAUGUUUCCCAUUCAGGCCACAAGACGGCAGACCCUCCUACGCACACGGUCCCUAUAGCAUUCACCCUACAUUAUUGACGAUUGGGAAUAAAGACAUAAUAAGUUGAUGACAUUUAUAACUUCCUUGGCGAUGUUUUGUCUUAGUAAGAGCAAAAACAGUUAUGAAUAUAAUAACAGUCAUAAUAUCUUUAGUACGUAUAUUGUAAUGAAUUAUUUUUUUAAUUGUAGGAUUAAGAAUUAUAUACUUGAUGGAUUAUAUUUUAUAGCUACUGGUGAUGGUUACGUUUUAAGAAAAAAACAAUGUGUAGGUACCUAUACAUAAAUAUCAGUCAUGAAUGGUAUUCAUUUUAUAAAUUAGAUGUUCUACUGUCUAUCUAUGUUUAUGGUCGAUGUUUUAGGUUUACUAAUUGUAUCGGAUCUUUUACCAAAGAUAUGUCAUAGUCAAUGGGUUUAACAAUUAUCGGACCUCCCAAGUAUGUAUGAAAUGCUACGAAGGGUUGUUAUGCUACAAGGGCCCACUGAAAAAAUAUAGUAACUAAGUAUAUAAAACAAUGCUAUAAAAUUGUUUUGGCCAAUAUAAAUGUAUAAAACUUAAAAAAAAGUCAUGUGUCGGUAUGUACACCAAUUUAGAUAUGCUAAAUUAAUAACGAGUCAUCAUUUAUCAACUCAAGGAAUUGAUUCAAAAUAUUAAUAGGCAAAUUGUAGGUAUUUUUAAUAAUAAGAAAAUUUAAAAAGAAAAGCACUAUAGAGAUGCUACAGUGUCACAAAGUAUAAUAAGUCAUUUCUAACAUAUCUCAAGCACAUUUUUCUAUUUCUUGUGAUUAGAUAACAUUUUAAACACAAAUUAUUAAUAACGAUCACUUCAUCGGUUUUCAAAACCCAACCUUUAUUUUUUAAAUAUUAGAUUGGAGGCGCAGAUUAAUCCAUGGUACGCCUACGUUAUUUUCCCUAUUUUAAAACCACAGGCAAUUUGGAAUUGCAGUUAGCCAAAAAUAUACAUCUACGGUGGUGCUAGUACGCCGUGCGACAUGUUAUUACAACGUGUGACCUGUGUAAAUAAUUGUUGAAUAGAGUAAGUAGCAAAUGAUCAAUAUACUUACUUACUAUAAAAUAUGAACACAAUGUUCCAGAAACUGUUAUUUAUCUAAACCUAACUGGGAUGCACACUUGUUGAGUAAUUCUAAAUAAAUAUUUUCUUACCGGACAUGGUCUAAAUACUAAAUUAGCUAUUUCUAUGGUACUACAAUAUUUCAAUCAUAUACAACCACGUAAAAGUUCGCUAUUUACAGUAGAAAGCUAUUAUGCACAUGUUUCUUAAUAAUAAUUAGAUAAAAAUGAAAGUCAGUCUAUUUAAGCUUUAUAAAUUGUAACUAGUGCAUAAACAAACACUAACCUGUUCGUAUCGUUAAAGAGUUCGCUAAAUGUUUAUGUAUGGAAAGUUUCAUAGUAAAGCACCGGGGCGCGCCGGCUGACGUUGAUCAGUCUGUCAAAUGUGGUUAGUGCAACUGGCCCUUAUAAAAAAUAAUAGACUGUUAAUGUAACAGACGAACAUUUCAGAAGGAGCUUUUGAUAAGUUGCUGGUGUUAGAAUGACAAUAUGCAGUCCAGUCAAUGAAUGAUUUGGUUGUAUGUUUCCCUAAUUAAUUAUUCAAUAAAAAUGUCUUCUUGUAAGAAUAUUUUAUAAGAUCCUCAAAUUGUAGAAAACUCUACUCGUCACUGCAUAAAAAAUCUUCAUUGAUUGGGCUAAAGUUUAACUGCAUUUAAUGCUGAUAUUUCUUUAUGUAUUCUAUUUGAAAACACUCCAAUUUAAAUCUAGAAAUGGGUUAGUUUUUUACCUAAUGACUAUGGGUUAGUUUUUUUACCUGAUUAACUACAGUUAAGGAUUAAAUCUGUAAGCAAAAAUGAUGAUGAUGAAGUAAUUAUGAGAUCGUGUUAAUGUUACACCUCAAUUGUCUAUUUUUUGACGUCUAGAUAAAAAUAAAAUGACCGUAAAUUGUUACUUAUAGGACAACUCAUAUUCAAUUAGAGAUGUAAUAUAUUAUUGUUGACAUUGCUUA